UAGUUAUCAUAAAGAUAAUAAGUGUAAAAAUAGAAGCAAAUUCGAAUCACUCGUAUAUUCGUUAAAGCAAUUGUUUUACAUUGGAAAAUGCCAAUGUAGUUUACAAACAACAAAAUGCUCCUGUGGACUAAUUCCAGAAAAUCUAACAGAAUUCAUGUUUGAUCAACAUAACGAAAGAAAACGUACAAUACCAGAAUAUUUGCCAUUUACUUCAGAUGAAGUGCUAACAGAAUUACCAACAAUUGCAACAGACAAUGACGAUCAAACAUAUCAGCCAAAUACAUCAGAAAUGCUUAUGGAUAUCGAUGAAUUACCAUCAGCUACACAACAACUUUCUGCAAUGAAACGUGGUCCUUAUACUGCAAGAUACAACAUACCAAACUUUGUUAUGAUGUGCGAUAGAUUUGGAGUUUCCGACAGAGUAGCUGCAUGUAUAGCCACAGCACUUCUCGAAGACUUAAACAUAAGAGAUGAAAAGGGUGAUUUUAUUAUUAUGGACAAACGUAAGGUUGCCAGAGAAAGGCUUAAAUAUAGAGACGUAGUGUUAAGUAAACAACGUAUUGAAUCUAAUUUAAAAGCAUUUUCUUUCGAUGGUCGGAAAAAUGAUUCAUUAACACAACAAACAAUUAAUCAAAAAUAUCAUCAAAACAUGGUAAAAGAGCCUCAUUUAGUAGUUGCAAGAGAACCAAACACAGUAUUAAUUGGAUAUGUAGAAUUGACCAAAGAAGAUGCGGAAUCUAAGCAGAAACAAUUAUUUGAAUUCUUUAAUAAUAAACAAAUAUCACUUGAACACUUAAUUGGCAUAUGUAGUGAUGGUGAACCUGCUAACACUGGAACAUAUAAUGGCGUUUUGCGCAGAUUCGAACUUCAUUUAAAGAAACCAUUGCACUGGUUCGUAUGCUUGCUACAUUUCAACGAGCUCCCGUUUCGUCAUUUAUAUCAAACAUUAGACCAAGCAAUUACAUUUGGACCUAGAUCAACAACUGGAAAGUUAGAUAAACAGAUCCAAGAAUGUGAAACAUUACAAGUUGCAACUGACUUUGAACAUAUACUACUAGAAAAUAUGCCUCCUGCUAUGGACGAAGAACUUCAGUGUGAAUUAUCUACGGAUGUUAAGUACUUGUACAAAAUGGCUAACGCAAUUUCCAAUGGUGUAUGUCCAGCCGAUUUGGCUAACAUGAAACCAGGACCAUCAUCACAUUCUCGCUGGAUAACAAGAGCUAGCAGAAUAUUACGAUUCGCGAAAAACAACGUUUGCUUAAAUGCAGAAAAUCAGCGGCAGUUUAACACACAGGCCUUAGCUUGA